UUCAUCUUCUCCAGGGUACCAGUACCAUGGUACGCACUGACACACCACAAUGGAAGAGUGACGUGUCCAUCGCUGAUGACCCCGACCAGCGAGUCUUCUAUGUGACCAUGAGGAACCUAAAGGAGGAGGACUCUGGGACUUAUUGGUGUGGAGUGCAGAUUAACGGUGCUGUGGAUGAUGGUGCUUCUCUCGACUUAACAGUAACUCCAGCUUAUCUAGGUGUGAAGACUGAGAGCUGGAUAUCAGCAUUGAGGGGAGAGUCUGUCACUAUCCCAUGUCUCUAUGAAAAGAGAUACAAACACCAUGUGAAAUACUGGUGUGAAUGGAAGGCACAGUCAUACUGUAGUACCAUGGUACGCAGUGACUCACCACAGAGAAAAGGUGACGUGUCCAUCGCUGAUGACCCCGAUCUGCUGGUCUUCGCUGUGACCAUGAGGAACCUACAGGAGAAGGAUACUGGCUGGUACAGAUGUGGAGUGGAGAUUAAUGGUGCUGUGGCGGACAGCACAUCUCUACUCUUAACAGUAACUACAGAUAUUGUGAUGGACUGGCGUCCCGUCCUG